UUCGCGAAAAUCUCUUCUCCUUCAUCGAAGGCAGAGAAAAAGCAAAAAGACAACGAAACGCAAAGCUUGAUGGAUUUUCGCUGGUGCGUCGAAAAGUCGCGAAAAAAGUAGCUUUUUGCGGGCCGGAAUCGCGCUCCACCGUCGCGGACCAUGGAGUACGGUGUGCCCGGCGCAGAGGAUUUGCUCGAGGUGCCAAAUGGCGACCCGUCCUCGUACUGCCGGCUGUGUCUGUCGGACCGGUCCCAGGAGCUCGAGGAGUUGUUUCCGGUGGGACAGGGUCCUCGGUUGGAGACGAUCGAUCGGAUUGCCCAGUGCACGGGGAUUCAGAUUAGCCAGGAUGAGGACUUUCCGUCGGCGGUCUGCUGGAUGUGCUCGAUGUCGCUGGAGGAGUUUCAGUGGUUCCGGGAGCGAUGCCGGCGGCAUGAUGUGCUGAUUCGACGGAAGCGCAAGGAGCUGCUGUUGCACUCCGAGUACGACGUGUCCAUCAUGGACGAUCCGGACUUGGAAGGUGGGUACAUGGAUGAAGGAGAGCAGGAGCCUCCACCUCCUCCGAUGUUGCAGAUUACGUCGGUUCAGGAGCGAUUCGACGCGGGAAGACAGUCGAGUCUGAGCUUGCUGGAACCUACGACGUAUCAGCCACCGGAGGAAGAUCCAAACCAGGACGAUUGCGAUGAUUUUGACGACGCCGACGAGGAGCUGCAAGAUGUGAAGCCGGACCACGAGAUGUUGGACGCUUUCGCACAGCAGUUUCGGGCAGCUACGAACGGUGAAUCGGAACAGCGAAGUGAAUCCGUCAUGACUGGGACCACCUCGUCUAACGUAAACGAUGAUAAAAAGUACCAAUGUCCGGAUUGUGGCAAACAGUUUAAAAGCAGAGGUAGCCUGACCGAGCAUGUUGUUGUACACACGAGCAAGUUCUCCUGCAAGGAGUGUGGCACCGGGUUUUAUCGUAUCAAAACGCUUAGAAAGCACCAGGAAAAGUACCUCAAGGACUCUUCUGCUCCUGCUCCGCUGCGUCUCAAGUGCGACUAUUGUCCUCGGAUUUUCCCGCGGCAAGCGGAUCGCGUCCAACAUUACGUGCGCUCCCACGCCCAGCUGUACAGGUCGGGCAAAAAAGCUCCACCGCGCAAGACAAGUGCUUCCACUCAACUCGAACGUCCUCCCAGUUCCGUCAAGCCGGCAGCUCCAGCGACUCCACCGGCUCAGCUCAGUUGCUCGCUCUGCGUAACGCCCCUAAACUUCCCCAACACGAACGAACUGGAAGACCACAUCGAAAAGUUGCACACCGACAAAGACGGCGUGCUGAUCUGUCUGAUGUGUCCAAAAACGUUCAAAUCUCGAACCACCCUCAAAAUGCAUGUCCUGAACCACCAGGGCAAGCUCCCGCACGAGUGCAAUGAUUGUGGAUCCCGCUUCGAUCGCAAGCUCUACCUGGACCGGCAUCGCCAACGCUACCACAACGGGGCCAACUCCCCGGCCAUCAUUACUCGACUCCGCUGCAAGCACUGUCCGCGAACGUUUCUCGAGGCGCACCAACUGGCAACGCACACGCGAAGUGUCCACGCCUCGAACGGCACCACCAUCAAGCGCGAAAAGCUCACGCCCGAUCCCACCAAAACGGAAGCAGCUCCAACGCCACCACCUUCCCGCCCAGAACUCAGCUUCGGGUGUCUCCAGUGUGGCAAAGACUUCCCCUCGCCGGCGCUGCUCCGCGAACACACCGAGAACCAUCACCCAGCUAAAAAGCCCACCUUCUACGAGGUCAAACCCAUCAUCAUCAAAACGGAACCGGGCCUCGAGCCGGAACAACAACCAACCCCCAUCAAGAAACGCACGCCCAAACCCGGCGGCCUGCCCCACAAGUGUCCGCGCUGUCCGAAAACCUUCUCGACCGGCUUCAACCUAAAGGAGCACCUGCGCAUCCACACCGGCAAGCUCAAGUUCCGCUGCGAGCUGUGCAGCAUGAGCUUCCACCGGGAAAAGUUCCUCCAGAAGCACAUGCUGGCCAAUCACGGACCGGACGGGACCGUCCGCAAGCCGGUCAUCAGCUGCAAGGUGUGCGGACGAGGCUUCCUACGCGGGUUCGAUCUGACAAAGCACGAAAAAAUGGCCCACGGAAUGCACGGCGGAUGUGACGACGGCGACGGGGAACUCCAAAAAAAUGGCGAGGACGGCGAGAACUUCGAAGAAGUGAUGCCAGAGGACGUUAAGAUACGGGACGUCGUUGUCACCCUGGAACGCCUUCCCGACGAAGUUCUGGAAACGGUGGAUGUAUCUUACGGCGACGAUGAUGAUGACGAAGAAGAAGAAGAAGCAGAAGCGGAAGCGGAAACAGCUCAAACCGACGAUCAAGAAGACUCCAAAUCCGAACAGACCGUCCCUCGGAUGAACAUCACGCUGCACCGCUGUCCAAAGUGUCUGCGCGUGUUCAAGUCCCGCGCGAUGCUUAGCCGGCACAUGGUGUACCACCAGUCGGAGUUGCCGUUCCCCUGUGACGAGUGUGGCGUCCAGUUUGCCCGUAAGCCCCUGCUGCAGGCCCACAAGGAGCGGUACCACUCGGAGGAUGCGCCGGCCAUCGGCGAGCGGUUCAGUUGCAACUACUGCUCGCGUAUCUUCCUGCGAGAGCGCGACAGAAUCACCCACGUGAGGAACGUCCACGUCAUGGAGCGAACCUACGGCAUCCGGGAGGAGGAGGGCACUCCAGAGUUGAAAAAGUCCAAGCUGAAAAAGAAACGCAAGGACUACCUCUGCCUGCUGUGCAACGAGCGUUUCGAGGGGGAAAGAUCCUGCCAACGGCACCUGUACCAAGUACAUCCAGCCGAAUCUCAAGCACCCGCAGCUAAAACAACCUCGGAAUCACCUGCCACAGUCACUCCCAAGGAGGAACCCGCAGAAGAUUCCACAGAUCCACAGACGUCAUCCGAAGAUGUCAAACCUUCCAGCGCAAGCUCGCCAGCGCCUACUCCGACGACCACAACAACCCCAGCACCCACCACUCGCGUCAAGCCAUACAAACUGUGCCGCUGUCAGAUUUGUUCGGCCAUCUUCAAAAACGAAGAAAACUGGAAGGCCCACAUCCACGACCACCCGAAACACUGCCGGCCGCACCACUGCGAAGCGUGCCUGAUCACGCGCAAGGCCGGUCGCACCAACAAAAAGGUCACCUCCGUCGGCUUCAAGUGCCAGCACUGUGCAAAGGUGUUCAAACGGAAGGCCUCACUGCGGAACCACCAGCGGCUGCACAGCUCCGAACUGCGCUUCCCGUGCGACGAGUGUCCCAUGAAGUACGACCGCUUCCGGCUGCUGCAGACUCACAAGGAAAAGUACCACUCGGAGGAUUCGGUGCAGCAAGCGCCGCUGGAAACCUUCCAGUGUGAGCAUUGCGAUCGGAUGUUUCUGCGUCUGUGCGACCGGAACCAUCAUAUGGAGCGGGUCCACGGGCCGGAGGGAUCCUACGAGGGAGGAGAGGCCGGACAGGCCACCAGCACAUGAGUAUUUUAAGUAUUAUAACACUGACAUUGUAUAUCCACUACGUAAAACAACACAGACUCAAAUCAUACAUCAGCAAUCGAUGUAGAUUUUUAUCUUAUUUUUUA